AUGGUGCUGCAGCUCAAUGUCGAAAGGACAGCGACAAAAACAAGCUGUGCGACAUCAGGCGCGCCUUUGCGGGCUGGCACGGGCGUUGUAAGGCUCAUAUCAACGUGUGGAGGUGCUCAAUGGCUGCAGCCCGUGAUACGGGCUGUUGGGCCCGACGCAGCGGCGGCGGCGCUGGCAGCGAUGCCAGGCCUGACGGACCUCAGCGGACGGCAGCAGGAGGAGGUUCGUAGGACGCUUCAGGCAGCGGCUGUAGCGGCGGCGGCGGCGACGGCAGUAGCAGAUGGUACGGCCGACUCGGGGAGCCCUGGCGACACUGGCAGGGUGGAUGGCGCCGGUGACGAUGACGAUGACGACGAAGACAACGCCGUCGAGGUAGCAGAGAAGGUGGUGGCCCGGCGGCAGUUGCCGCUGCGCGGCAGCCGCACCACGACAGUUAAUGCUGCGGACGCAAAACCACAGGUGCGGAAGGAGGUUGGAAAGGCGGCGGCGGACGAUUCAGAGGUCGAUCUGGACAAGGAACGCGCGGAGAUCAUGGAACGGAAUCGUCGGAAACUUCUGGAAUUGCAGCUGCCCGGCUUGGUUUCGGGGCUGGCGGCGACACGAGGGCAUGCUGGCGGCGGCGCCCGGCGUGAAGCGAGCCAGCGGGGCGUCGGCGCCAAGAGGAGUCGAGAGAGGUCGCAGGAGCCGCAGCCGCUGCGGAUGUCGCUGCGGCAACGCGGCGUGGCGGCCGAGCUGGCGGCAGGAAUCGAACACGAGAGGUCGACGGGUGUGCUGCUGGCGGGGGGCCCGCUGGCGGCGGAGGCGGAGGGGAACCUGCCUUUUCGAAGUGGCAACGGCGACGAAGAGACGGAUGCGGCGUUCCUAGCCGUACUGAAGGAACGUGCCAUGACCGCCACUAGUAGUACGACUGCUGCUGCUGCAGCCGCGGGUGCCGCUAGAAGGGUUGCAGCAGCAGCAGCAGCAGCGGGAGGAGGAGCAGGAGGAGGAAGACCGCCCGGAGCGGUCCUAAGCGGGAUUCAUUUGGUGGAACGCGAUGUUGCCAAAGUGACCAAGGAUGGUGUCACACAUCUGGCCUGGUUGCCAGAUAGCGAUCGGCUGACGCUGGCGGCCGCAGACAAGUCCGGCAAGGUGUCGCUGUGGGACGUCGACGUGGAGGCGGGCGGUCCGGCGGAGAAAACAGCUGGCAUUCUCAUGUUCCAGCCCCACUCCGAGUAUGUGUCCGGGCUUCGCUGGCUUGGUCGGGACGCGGCCGUGGGCCCAUGUCGCCUCAUCACCACCUCGUACGACGGGUCCGUCAGGGCCCUUGACCUGGGCGGCUCGGGCAUGUGGGUGGAGCUACCUGCACCGGGUGACCCGCGGAGUCGUGAGUUCAGUGCUCUGGACGUCUCUUCCGACGGCCGAACGGCGUACCUGGGGGAUCCGCAGGGGAAUCUGGAUCUCGUGGAUCUGCGCGCGCCGCCGCCACGGCGGGAGCGGUCGUCGGAUCCGGCAGCGACGUCUGUGGGGCCUCUAGGUGGUUUGCAGAUAAGCCAGCGGAAAAUCAAUUCGGUGCAUUUGGAGCCUUUCCGCGAGAUCCUCCUGGCAUCCACUUCGUCUGAUGGUUCCAUAUGCAUCUGGGAUGUACGGAAGGUUUCUCACAAGCCGCUCAGUGUGCUCCACCACGCCAGGAGCUGCCAUUCGGCGUACUGGGCGCACGACGGUUCCACGGUCCUUUCAAUUCCCCAUAAUAAUCAGACGGGAAGAUGGAUCACGCCGUUCAGGGCCGUAUGGAACGCUGCCUGUGAUGCCGUACUGGUCGGCAACAUGAGUCGCGGUGUGGAUAUCUUUGGCGGUCUGGGCGCGGUUGUGGUUGGGGCAGCUGCGGCCGUGAAGAACAACGUUGACAGCUCCGAAGUGGAGGCGGAGGCGGAUACAGAUGGUGACGAUGUCGAUGACCCCGACCAGAAGCUACGCGGCCGCGCCAAGACCUCGAAGAGGAAGGCCGCUGGCAAAGCGAGUGCGACGGCGGCGGCGGUUAAGGCCGGAGGCGGCGGCGAUGAUCCGUUGCAGGUGCAGUUCUUGCACACCCUGACCUCGGAGUACAUGACGGCCAUCCCCAGCCGCUUAGCUUGCCACCCGACGAUGCCUGUGGUGGUGGCAGCGACCUGCAGCGGCCGCUGCCACGUCUGGAGCGCAAGGGUCGGGAGCACACAGCACAAGUCGGUUAGUCUUGUGUGCUCCCGACCCCGACUCAGACUGCCAAAACUCUACGCAGCCACUCUGCAGCAACUCCAUCCGGGGAUGGCGCUGCAGUGA